GCCCAAGGGCCCCAUAGAAAGUCAACCUCACGAUCGAGUCGCUGAGCCUCGCUCAAUAGUCUGACUCGUUUUGGGCUCACGCAGUCAGCCAUGAACUCCAAGCUCGUACUCACGGCGGCUUAUUUAGUCGUGCUGGCCGUCGUGUUGGCCAUCUAUCAAGAUCCUUCCCGCAUCAAUUUCCACGCGCCUCCGCCCAUACCCGGGUCCCGCGAUGACCUCCACACGGCUCAGAUAGUCAAUGUCACGGCAGCGGUGGGCCCCGAGAGCCUCGCUGUCGACCCAAGGGGACGGGGUCCGUACGCCGGGGUCGCCGAUGGCCGGAUCCUCAGGUGGGAAGGAGACGGCCUUGGCUGGUCAGAGUUUGCUGUCACCUCUUCUCAUAGGGAGGAGUGUGUAAGAGUAUUUGCACCAGAAAUGGAGCACAUAUGUGGGAGGCCUUUAGGACUAAAGUUCCAUAAGAAGACAGGAAACCUAUACAUUGCAGAUGCUUAUUUUGGGCUUAGAGUGGUCGGCCCAAAUGGAGGUUUGGCUGCUCCUUUGCUCACUCAUGUUCAUGGUCAACCUCUUCUUUUCACCAAUGAUAUAGACAUUGAUGAGGAUAAGGAUCUCAUUUACUUCACCGAUUCAAGUACAACCUUCCAAAGAAGGCAAUUCUUCUCAUCUGCUAUGAGCGGAGACAAGACCGGAAGAUUAUUGAAAUACAACAUUUCAAGCAAAGAGGUAACAGUCUUACUAAAAGACCUUGCUUUCGCGAAUGGUGUAGCUUUGAGCAAAGACCGCUCUUUCGUUCUAGUCGCUGAAACAACAAAUAGCAGAAUCCUCAAGCUGUGGCUCCAUGGCCCGAAUGUUGGCAAUGUUGAUGUCUUUGCUAAGCUUCCAGGGUAUCCAGACAAUAUAAGAAGGAACCAAAAUGGAGAGUUUUGGGUUGCCUUACAUUCCAAAAAGGGAGCUAUAUCAAACUUGAUUGUUUCUAAAUCUUGGACUGGAAACAUUUUGUUAAAGCUUCCUUUAAGUGUUAAGCAAUUGCAUUAUAUUAUGGGAGGAAAGGCCCAUGCCACUGCUAUCAAGUUAAGUGAAGAUGGAAAUGUUUUGGAUGUUUUAGAAGAUUGUGAAGGAAAGAGACUAAGGUUUAUUAGUGAAGUGGAGGAAAAUAAAGGAAAGUUAUGGAUUGGGUCGGUCCUUAUGCCUUUUAUUGGCAUUUAUAACUUGCAUUAGGAAAACUAGUAUUAAGCCCAAGAAUUGUUAAAUUUUUGGUACUUAGAAGUUAUGAAUAUUAUUAUUAUAAGGGAUAUUUGCGGCAAUAAUGCCUAUGUAGUUCAUUUUGUAGCACUUAAAUGCUUAUGUAAAAUUUUUGGCGGCAAUAAUGCCUACCGUUAAUGUUUUGUUGCAA